UAAACAGUGUUGAUAUUCACGGAGUUUCGGAGUUACAGAUUCGUUUACAUUAAAUAAAGAAAAACACACAUCCAAGUUUAAACUGGGUAUGCAACAGACUGAGAUGAUAUUUGCCUACAAGAAUAAUUCAUGUCGAGGUCACGUAUCUGGUUUCACGUUUGACUAGAUGAUCAGGAAAAGCUGGCACAAAGUAUUUUGGCAUGGGAUGUGGGACUUCAAAAACAUCCAUUCAUCAAUUCUCAAGGCAAAUGUCGACCAUUUCUGACAAACAAGUCCAGAGCAUUAAUGGAAAUGAGAAUUUAACUAAAGACUGUAUCAAUAAGGAGGUCGAACAACAAGAAUCAAGAGAGAACACCAGAGAAAGGGAGACGAAUCAAGUUUCAAAUCCUCAGGAGAAACCUUCCAUCAUGGAUGCUAAAACUGAGAUGUCUGGAAAAGAGUCAGUAGGAGAAACCAAAACUGUAGAUCAAGGUCAAAAUGGUGAAGGUCAAGGUCAAAAUGGUGCAGGUCAAGCUCAAAAUGGUGCAGGUCAAGGUCAAAAUGGUCAAAAUGUUGCAGGUCAAGAUGGAAAUGAUCAAGGUCCAAAUGCUGCAGAUAAUGUGCCUAAGAUUCCUCCAAAACUGACACCAGAAGAGUUAAGAUCGCUAUAUGAAAAACAGAUUGCAAAGACAAGAGAAUUGAUCUCCAACAUUAUGGACAAAGAAAUAUAUACUGAAGAAAAUAUUCCCACAGGAAGUUUUAGAAGUAACUUACUGUCAGUUGGAAAGAUAUACUAUGCAAUGAAAGUUGCACCAAAACAAGAUAUCGCAAGACAUAGACAAGAAGUUGCACAAAUAUUUCUUGACACAAAUUUUUUGAAUUUUUUGUGCAGGUUUAUGUUGUUGACUCUGAAAGAAAAGAAAUAUGAAGACUCCGAAGGCAAUGUUGUCCCUGCUGUCAAUAAUCCCUUGAAAACAGGCCUCAGUACUGUGCUUAACUUCACGGAUGCUGUGCCCUCCCUCUGUGAGGAGUUUUGUAGAGUCGAAGGCUUUCUGGAUGUGUUCCGCUCAAGUCUGGAAGACAUGUAUCCUGCUCAUCGUGAAAGAGAUCAAGGCAUUGAAAUGACAAAUGAUGAUCGCAUACUAAAAUCCAUCCUUGGUAUUGUACAUAAUAUCGGGAUGCACGAUCCCUGCGUGCCACACCUGCAGAGUCACAACUACACCCCAGUGCUUUUAUCCUACAUGGACUCCAAACUAGACAUGUGUAGGCUGUCGGCCAUAGCUGCUCUUGCUGACAUCCUGGAUGAGAAGGAAAGUGACCUGCUGCAGUCUCACAAAGAUGGAAUCAAGUUCCUGAUCAAGAUUUUUGGAAAGUCUUUGAAGAAUAGCCAACACAAAGAAAAAGGCUGGUCCUCUAAAGAGUUGGGAAGAACUGUGGGAAGACUGGCCAGAAAUGAUGCCAACAAAAAGAUGUUGGUGGAAGAGGGAGCUCUCCCUCUCUUGUUGGAACUAUUCAAAUCAGACGAUAUGGAGGAAGAGAAAGAGGCGAUCGAGUCCAUGUGGGUCCUGGCGUUUGAUGAAGACAACAAACAGAGGAUGAUGGAGGAGCCGGGUCUGAUGGAGGCCGUGGUGGACAAAUAUCACAGCUCUGCCGACCAGAACAUCCGCAAGCCUUGUCAGGGGCUGCUGUGGAACCUGCGUGAGAUCCUCCUUCAGUCCCAGAAGUAUGCAGACAUAGGCAAAGAAUUGUCUGGAUCGUCCACAAAAAGCAACAAAGGUCAAAGUGAAGAUCAGAAGUCCAAAGGUCAUGUGAUGAUCAGCUACCAGUGGGCCAAUCAGGAGGUGCUGAUCAAGGUGAAGGACUGUCUGAAACAGAACGGCUACGAUGUGUGGAUGGACAUUGACAACAUGGGAGGCUCCACACUACAAGCUAUGGCAGAGGCCAUUGAGAAUGCAUCUGUGGUGUUGAUGGCCAUGUCUCGGAGGUACAAGGACAGCCCCAACUGUCGAGCAGAGGCAGAGUAUGCGUUUUCCCAGAGGAAGCCCAUCGUGCCCCUUGUCAUGGAAUUGGGGUACCGCCCCGAUGGCUGGCUGGGGAUGAUCCUAGGGGCCAAGUUAUUUUUUGACUUCAGCGGCAAAUACAGCUUUGAUUCCAAGGUGGACGGCCUCAAGAAAGAGCUGGGAAGGAGCCUGUCGGAUGCGGAACCCGGUUUGUCGGAGGACGUUGUGGAUGCUGGAGUUGUGAAGCCAGUAGCAGUUGCCAAGACGACCGCUGCCUUCCGCUCCCCAGCAGUCAAACCAGAUGCAGACCCCAUCAAACUGUGGACAAGUGCUGAUGUGGCCAAAUGGCUGACUAAGCACAAUCUACAUGGUGAAAAACUGAAGAAGUUAACAGGCCGUGAAAUUGCAUUUCUCCAAAACUUGAGAUAUGAAGCACCCGAGUUUUUCUACCACACGGUGGAAACCAAACUGGCUGUCACAGAUCUCCUGGGUCUCGUCAACUUCACAGAAGCAAUGGAUGAUCUCACGUCUUGACUCAAAGGAGAAAUGGCUGGAGAUGACAUGGCUGGAGAUGACUCAUACCACAACUAGGGGUGAAAUGAAGCACCGGUGGAUUGCGAGUUAUCAUACCACAAUACGAUACAUGUAUCAAUACAAGACUAUAC